GGUUUAACCGCCUGGUUGCCUUGGAAACCGGGCGGCAAUAAGAGGCGGAUUGAGGGGGAAGAAAAGCGUUUCCAGGUCAUUCCAAUCAUGGAGAAAAAAGCAAGGCAACAAAGGGGGGCAGAGGAAUGGUGAUAGAGAUAGAAACAAGAGAAUCUCCACGACAGUCUCCAAAGCAGAAAGAGACGUUUCAACAAACUACAGCCAAGGAACCGGCUUACAAAUGAGUUCUACACACAGGUCUACAGAUGGCUGGGAAGAGCAGGAAGAUGCGUGUAGUGAUGUAGCCUACUCGGAAAAGGAAUGUCAUUCGCUUCAUGGGCGGAUCCAAGGGCCACUGCCUUACACUCCAUACAUAGCCGAAGAGGGGGGCCGCCAUUGGACCGACAAGGAAGUGCGCGCUCUGCUGUGCGUGUGGGCCGACCGAACCAUUCGGGACCAACUCAAGUGCACACUUCGCAACAAGUCAAUUUUCCAGGAAAUGGCCCAUCAGAUGCAACAGAACUUUGGCGUGGUGCGGAACUGGAAGCAAUGCCGCACCAAGUAUAAAAACCUCAAGUACGAGUACAAGACUGCCAGGAACGUGCAGGCUACAGGGAGCGGAGUGGGUCCGGGGAAGUAUAUGAAGUUCUUUGACGAGGUGGAAGGCAUUCUGACCGAUAGGGAACUGGACAUCGGGGCCUGGUGUAAUGGAGACAUGGAAGCAGGAAUUCUGGGAUCUCCGGCAGGCCAGACGCCGCAGACCAUCAGAGCGUCCGAGAGUGAGGUCAUCAUAGAAAUUGACGAUGAUGACAGUGACGACUAUGAGAAUGAUGUUGAGAUGGAGCAGAGACUGAAAGGAACAGAUACCUACCUAUCUUCAAACCUAGCUGCAUCAGGCAGUGGCCAGUUCCAUGUGGUAACUGUAUCGGACACGGGCCGGAACUGGAGUGACCAGGAGAUCCGGGCGCUUAUUCAAGUUUGGUCUGAGGAGGGCAUGUGCAAGCAGCUGGAGAACUCCACCAGAAAGAGGGACAUCUUUGUCCAGAUCUCAAACAGGUUAAUGCUGCAGGGCGUUGAGAGAGACUGGAAGCAGUGCCACACCAAGUACAAGAACCUCAAGUACCUGUAUCGCUCUCUGCAGAAGGGGAAGGCGGAGGGCACCGACCCGCGGCGCCUCAUGAGGUUCUAUGACGAGGUAGAUGCCCUUCUGACCCGCACCAGUACUGACUCUCCAUGUGUGAUGGGAUACACAGAGCCCUACAUUGAGCCAGACGGACUCUCAAGAAUGACAGGCGAUGAGGGGAGAAGCACGGCUGGUGUCAGUCCGACAAAAUCGUUGACCACCAAGUCAAAUCCUGGCAUUGGGGAAGACGGAACCCAAAAUCCUGAUACUUUCUUUUCUACAAGCUUGGAGGUCAUACAAUGUCUUCACGAUGCAGAAUCUAAGCCACAUGUAGUCAUGGAACAGAGUUUGGGGCAACAACCACAGAGAAGCGUUUUACGUCAUGCAGAAACAACGUUUUCGGAAAACAGAGGAAUAAAGAGAAAAGCUGUACAUCAAGAUACCACAGUGAGACUUGCGAAACGACUCGUUACCAGUAAAGAAGAACAGGACGACAUUCCGAUAAUAGAGAUGAGUUCAGUUCGUUCCUUCUGGGCAUCUAAACCGAUCACGGACAGCAAGGACCACACGUUUUGCAAGAACGCUAUGGCCGCUGCACACGAGUUGAAACUUGGCCAGAAACUGAACGAGGGAAAGACGAAGGAAAUUUAUUCGCUUGUGGAUCAGCCCGGUCUAGUUCUGGUGCAAUCCAAAAACCAGAUCACUGCUGGAAAUGCGGUUCGGAAAGACCAGAUGGAGGGCAAGGCCGCUAUCGCUAACAAAACCACCAGCUGCGUGUUCAAGCUGCUGCAGGAGGCAGGAAUCAAGACGGCAUUUGUGGAGCAGCACUCAGACACAGCGUUCAUCGCGGUCCACUGUGAGAUGAUCCCCAUCGAGUGGGUCUGUCGAAGGGUGGCCACCGGGUCCUUUCUCAAGAGAAAUCCUGGUGUCAAGGAAGGAUAUCGCUUCUCUCCACUGAAGCUAGAGAUGUUCUUCAAAGAUGAUGCCGACAAUGACCCCCAAUGGUCGGAGGAGCAACUGCUGGUGGCCAAUUUCUCUCUGGCUGGGCUCGCCAUCAGCCAGUGUGAGGUGGACAUCAUGAACCGCAGCACCGUGGCCAUCUUUGAGAUCCUGGAGAGGGCCUGGGCCACCCAAAACUGCACUUUGGUUGACAUGAAGAUCGAGUUUGGUGUCAACGUCACCACCAAAGAGGUUGUCCUCGCAGACGUGGUUGACAAUGAUUCCUGGAGGCUGUGGCCGGCAGGAGAUCGGUGCCAGCAGAAGGACAAGCAGGUGUACCGUGAUCUUAAAGAGGUCACACCUGAAGCUAUGCAGGUGGUUAAGAGGAACUUUGAGUGGGUCUCUGAAAAGGUCAAGCUGCUUCUGGAGAACCCAGCGUUGGGCAGGGUGGUGGUGUUGAUGGGCUCCACCUCUGACAUGGUUCACUGCGACAAGAUCCGCAAAGCCUGCGGAUCCUAUGGAGUGCCCUGUGUCCUCAGGGUCACCUCGGCACACAAGGGCCCUGAUGAGACCCUGCGCAUAAAAGCAGAGUAUGAAGGUGAUGGCGUUCCUACUGUUUUUGUGGCUGUGGCGGGAAGGAGCAACGGCCUUGGCCCGGUGAUUUCGGGGAACACAGCCUAUCCCGUCAUCAACUGUCCACCAAUCACCGCUGACUGGGGGGCGCAGGAUGUGUGGUCAUCCCUGCGCAUGCCAAGUGGUCUCGGCUGCUCCACUGUGCUGUCUCCAGACGCUGCAGCCCAGUUCGCCGCCCAGAUCUUCGGACUCGGCAAUCACCUGGUGUGGUCCAAGCUGAGAGCCUCCAUGCUAAAUACCUGGGUGUCUCUCAAGAUCGCUGACAAGAAGUUGCAGUCCUGCAGCCUUUAAGCCAGUUGCUUUCCCCAUUCCAGACCUUUUUUUUCCCCACAUCUAAUGAGUUAUAUUUGUGUUGUCUUGGUUCUUCCUGUCCAACUACUGUGCUUAAACCUGAAACAUUCAUUAAACCUCAUAUAUGUGGCUGUA